UUACAUAUAUCACUCUGAACAUCAUAAGAUCACUGCAUUAUGGUCACUGGACAACUGACUCGUUCGGAGGCCGAAUCAGCUCUGAGACGACUUCAAGGUUUACGUGACGAUUGGGAGAGACAACGAACGCGUUGGUCGGAUCAUCAUCAAAAAGCCUUGGAUAUUAAAAACUUACAACGUAAUCCAAGUGCACCCUUGUUAUAUACUGUCGAGGUUUGUUGUAACCAGAUGGGAAUUGCUACGAUACGAUUUAAUGAGCUUGUACGCUUAAUCCAAGACUUUCGAGCUUGUGCACUUUACCUCGUUCAUCUACCGAUUCCAGAAGGACCUGAUGCCUCCUUUCGAUCCGCCUUACCUGACCUUUGGAGUAUACCUCAUGCCGCACCGGGAACUCAAGCCGUGGCCCUUCCUGGACAAGUGGCGGGUUUCUCAGCUGAGAUGGCUAAUGCCAAUACCGUUCAAGGAUUGAGUAACGAUAUCAUGAUGUACAACAAUGGAUAUGGUCAAGAUAGUAUGAUGAAUAAUCAGAUGCAAAAUGGUGGCUUUGGGAUGCCAGGCAUGAUGAAUGGAAUGAUGCCUAUGCAGCCUCAGCAAACAAACAUGGGACAGUCCAUGCAGCCUCAACAAGCGAACAUGGGCCAACCAAUGGGCUUCGUCUCUAAUCCAACCUACGGAAUGCAAAACACUGGAAUGGCCAAUAACUUUAUGCAACCCACCUCUAGCCCUUACUCAUCUCAGCCUUUACCACCUCAGCAUACUCAAGCGCUUUACCAACAGCAAACGGGCUUUCAUCAGCAGAAUGCUCAACAGGCUAGGGUUAAUCAAUUUGCUUCCAAUGUUUUCCAGCCUUCUCCAGGCUUCAAUCCUCAGCAAGCCAGCGGUAACAACAAUUAUCAGAAUGCGAGUCCUCUCAAUCCCUACAAUCCCAACCCGCCACACCAGUCUGUCUUGAAUGCCAGCAAUCGCUUCCCGGCUGUCCAAUGAUGAACGUCAUCUUAGUGUAGAUCUAGUGAAACAUCCUGGGGUACGCGUCCGAUCCAAGACCUGACCGGUUUCCAGUAGCAUCUGGGUGACUCUUUUUUUGCUCUUUUUCCGCAAAUUCAUGAUUCUACACGCAAUACAUGUUGUAUGUUUAGUUUCAAGCCCAUUUUGCAUUCAGGGUAUCACGUCCAAACAUUUUUCUGUAAUUGUACAAAGCUUUCAAACCUUUCGAU